AUUAAAUGUUAUUACAGAAGUCUGUUGUGUGUUAUAUGACCAAGGUGCUUCCUGUUUCCCUGCUUUUUCCUAUCCUGCCAUAACUUACAGGCUUUCCCUCGCUCAUAUCUUAGAACAGUGGUCAUACAAACUGAACAUGAACUCUGCUCCAUCGUAAACUCAUUAUGAUUGUAUGGAGUCACGUAGAUAGUGUGUUAAGUAUAAAAUAGUACAGUACGUGUGUGAAGAUGAAGGGCUAUAGUUUGCUGUGUUUAAUAUUUCUGCCCCCUGUCACAGUUAUUGGACAAACGACACCAGAUCCAAGUUGUGUAACAGUAAAUGACUUUGAAGUGUGCACAGGAGCUGCAUAUCCAUGCAAUGUUGAGAAAAGCAAAUGCUACUGUAAGGACAAGAAACCUUUCUGUAGGUGUAACAACUACAUAGACAAGUGGUACAUAGGGGAGAAGUGUGACUUUGAGUGGACCAUAUUGAACUUUGCCCUGGUAUCAUCUCUACCAGGACUGGCCCUGGCUGUUAUUGUUGGUGUGAUGGUCCAGUGUGUCCAUUACUUAAGGAAACCAGCAAAGAAACAAAAGGAUCGGACAACGGGUUACACAAACUAUGCAAUGUCACCGACAACAUAUUAUGAAAAUAACCAAGAUGACAUGUUCUCCAACACAGUGUUUGCCUCAGACAUGCCGAAUCGGCCAAAGCCUCCCAGUGUCCAGCCCACCCAGGAGAGGUCUCCCAUAUCCAACUUACCCAACCGCCCUUACAGCCUUCAACCAAACGGCAUGCGGCCCACUUUAGACAGAUUGUCUUUGACCAACCCUACAAGCCAGCCAUACAACUACGCUACAGGUAUGACGCAGCCCUUGGGUAACCCCCAUCCCAAGUCUCCAUCGCCAAGGAACCCGUAUGAAGACAGAGCUCCACCUCCAGACUGUUAUGAUGACCAGCACAUGAGACCAACACAGCCCCCACCAGGACACAAAGGCAUGAUGAGAGAAGGCAUGUCUGGGUAUCCUGCGCCCAGUUCACCUGCUCCCCUCUAUUCGGCACCGGAGUACAACCCCAGUUCCCAGUUUCCCAGAGCCCAGAUAGGGAGACACUACUGAGGACAAACAGGGGUGACCAUGGCCUGAAUUAGAACGCCACCAAUUUCACUAUCACAAUUCAAAAAAGUUCAACUCGUAUAUAAUUUAAAGUGAGUGGAAAAUGUAAACAUUCAAGGACUUUGUCAAUUUUAAUUUAAAAAUGUAUUGUGGCUGGCUGCUAAAUUUUAUGAGUAAUCCCCAUUGACUGAUUAUGAAAUUGGCUCAUAUUUUUGCUGUUUUAAGGUUUAUUGUUUGACAAUUUUGUUACUAAUAAAGCUAUUAUUCCUAGAUUCAAUCUGUAGCGUGGAUCUACACACGCGAUUGAAAUGUAAAGGCAAUGUUCCGAUGUUUAAAUUUCCGGUCGCUUUAACUCGGAUCUCCACACUACAGAUUGAAUCUAGGCCUAAGUAACGGUUUGGGUCAAUUCCAAUUUCAUUUGAAAUUCAAAUUCAAUUCUUGAAUUCACUCAUGAAGUGGAGAAUUUAAGUUUAAUUCAAUUCAAAUAUCAACAAUCUUCAAGUUUUAGAAUUGGAAUUAGACUGUUUGAAUUGUAAAACAAAAAUGUAGUCUUUGGAAUUCAAUAUUUGUACAUUUGCGAGUUAGAUUUGGUUUAAAUCAUUUCAACGUACAUUUCUAUAUUUGCAGUAUAGCUACACAAAAAAACAUAUAUGGAAAAAACCAAAUCGAAAGUAUGUAGAAAAGAUAAUACCCUAUAAUCUGAGAAUUUACAAUCAGCAAAAUAAAAGCUAGAUAAUCAGGCACCCAUUAAUUUUAUGUUUGAGGAUAACAUGUCAAAAUGUGUAGAAUUGACUGAAAUUAGCUUAAGUGAAAAUUCUCAGCUCCUUGGAAAAAUGUAUAGAAUUGCAACCUUUUAUUUCAGCGCCAUGUGUAGAAUUGCUGAAAAUUAUCUUCUCUCUGCUGCCAAGAUGAUGUUCUAUGUAUAUUUAUUUCACCGCUCAAGACACCUCAAUUGGUUGGUCAUGAAACAAAAAAGUUGUAUACAAUGGUAAGUCAAGCAACAUCAAUUAAAGAUACUUUCAAAAAGAACAUUUAUUUUCUACAAAUCAGAUGUUAAUCAUUUUAAAUCAAUAAACAAAAUACAAUCUUAAUUUCACCUCUAGGUCAAUCAUGGGAUAACUUGGUGUCAGUAGGCGCCCUUAUUGUAAGAUGCAAAAGACUGUCAUCUUAACACAAAUCCACUUGUUGGUACAUUCUUUGUUACUGAAUGAUGGCAAAAAGAGUGAAUGAAAGUAAUAGGUUGAGGUGAACAAUUAUUCAGGAGAUGUCUUUAUUUACUAAAGAAGCUCCUAAUAUUUCAGUUGACAGACAUAGAGAAUAGAUAACACUGAUUUGGAUCUGAUACAUGAGACAUUCCUGAUAGUAAACAUGUUAUUGGCUUUGAGCAACAUGAUUUUACAAGUGCACACAUGGGAAAAAUUAAAACCCCUGAUUGUUUGACAAGCGAUUAUUUCAAAGGACAAAUACAAGUAAAAAGCUGGGUUGUCCACAUCCCCUUUUCAUGCUUUUGUAUACAGAGAAAACUGAUACAGAUGACUGUUUACGUUUGAAAUUAGAACUGGGUCUUUAAAUGCAUGUUGUUCACAAUUUGCUAGCAGUAGCAUUACUAAAAAUCAUACAAUGACUUGUCAGAUAAUGGUUACCCCAAGGUCAACAGUGAGAAUACAGUCAACAGAUAAAUUACAGCGUUAUCUUACCACUGAUACUGCAUAUGACAAGUGGUGUGCUAUUCAAACAACCCAGACAAGCAUACUACUGAGAAAAUGUGUGCUUUCAAGCAGUGUUCUGAUUCAGGAUUUAUCUGACUUGAGGUUUGUUUGAGUAGCACCCCAGGUUUGAGUACUAAUGGUGAUGUGAGGACAAGUUAAUAAAUUACUAAUGCAGUUCGAGGAAAUGUGA